AUGAAUUGCGUUGCCAGAAGAACAGAGGAGUUGAAAAUAUCGAUCGAUAUAGAUAAAGAACUUAGACAUGACGAGAGACGUAUGAAGAAGGAUAUUCAAAUCUUAUUGUUGGGUGCUGGUGAAUGUGGAAAAUCAACAAUCUUCAAACAAUUGAAAAUCUUGCAAGAUAAUGGUAAAUGGACCGAAAAAGAACUCUUGGAAUUUCGUAACAGUAUCUAUGUAAAUAUUACCUCGCAACUCUUAGUAUUGAUUCUUGCAGCUGAACAAUUAAAUAUAUCAAUAUCACCUGAUCUUAAUGAAGCAAUAGAGAGAAUUAAAAAUCGUCAACAUCUGACAGAUGAAUGGAAUGAUCAGGUUUCAGAAGAUGCGCAAAAAAUAUGGGCUGAUCCAGGUAUUAAGAAAACCUAUGAAAGAAGAGAUAGAGAUUUCCAAUUAAAUGAUUCAGCUAAAUAUUUCUUUGAUAAUCUUCAAAGAAUUUCUGAUCCUAAAUAUUUACCAACACCACAAGAUGCAUUGAGAUCUAGAGUGAUGACAAAAGGAAUUGUAGAGGCAGAGGUUGUCUUUGACGGUAUCUCAAUGAAGAUCAUCGAUGUCGGCGGACAGAGAUCUCAACGUCGUAAAUGGAUCCACUGCUUCGAUGGAGUAUCUGCAGUUAUUUUUGUUGCGUCACUUUCAGAGUACGACCAGAUGUGUCGUGAGGUUGCCGUCAAUCGUCUCGAUGAGUCCAUCAACCUAUUCUCAGAGAUCUGCAACAGCCAGUGGUUCGUAGAGACACCAAUGAUUCUCUUCCUCAACAAAAAAGAUCUAUUCAUCGAGAAAUUACAACGUGUACCAUUUAAUACUUAUGAUAAAAAUUAUACAGGUGAUAAUUCUUACAAUGAUGUAUCCAAUUUUAUUAAAAAGAAAUUUGUUAGUACCAUGAGAAACAUACAGAAGGAUGUAUAUACCCAUCUCACUAUUGCCAUCGACACCCAGAAUAUUGAUUUUGUAUUUAAAGCUGUAAAAGAAAUUCUACUAAGAAAAACAAUCAACGAAUUUUAA